AUCCAAGGGGUGAUCUGGAAGAUCAAUGCCUGCAUUUCCCAGGGCUGUGCUGAUUUCUUCCCUGUAAUCCUGUGACCUGUACUGGCAGCGUCAUGUUCACAUUGCUGCUGCUGCUGUUGAGUCUGCAGUGUUUCAAUCCAGCAGCAACAGAAGCAGAAAGUAAGAAUCUGAUACUGGACUUCAUCUUGGGGAUAGCUGAAGGUGUCAUAGAAACAUUUAGAGAGCUCAGCAAUGAGUUUGAUGAUGAAUCUUAUGAUGAUGAUGAUGAUGAUGACUGGCUGUCUGGCCUCUUUGAUGAAAUAGAUGAAUGUGAUCCAAAUCCCUGUUAUAACCAUGGUAUAUGUGAGAAUGAUGGUAACAGUGAUUUCAAAUGCAACUGCCCUCACCCCUUUACGGGCAAAAGAUGUCAAGAUGUUGUAAAUGUUUGUAAGACCAUCAAAUGCGGCCGUGGCGAGUGUGUCCGUAUUGAUAAGCAUCCCUUUUUUGAAUGCAAGUGUAUUGCCCCUUUCCAGCCUCCAAACUGCAGGAAACCCUCACCCUGUAAUCCCAGUCCCUGUUUGAAUGGUGGAACAUGCGUAUUGGGUCGAACACGGGCUUCAUUCUACUGCAACUGUACUGAAAACUACAGUGGAAAGUUCUGCCAAGUUGGUCCUGAUGAUUGCUAUGAGGGAAAUGGGGCAUCAUACAGAGGUUUUGUCAGUGAAACAAUAUCUGGACAUGAGUGUCUGCCUUGGAACUCUUACCUAAUAAUGCAGUUUAGUCCUUUUGAUGAUGAUGAAGAUGUAAAAGAUGACGGAACUGGACCUCAUAACUAUUGCAGGAACCCAGAUGAUGAGAGCCAGCCCUGGUGCUUCAUCAGAUACAAAAAUAAGUUGCGUUGGAACAGCUGUAAUGUCACACGCUGCCCUGAACCUGUUUCUACAACUGAGCUAACGAUUACUGGAGAGACAGAGCCUGCCGUAAAGAAAGAGUUCUCUGAGUGUGGAAAGCCAUGGGCAAGUAGGAUUUCAUCUAGGAUCUUUGGUGGGAGGAAGUCCAAGCCUGGUGCUCAUCCCUGGCAAGUCUCAUUUCAGGUCCGUGUCUGGAAUACCACUGAUGACUUCAGUCACAAUUGUGGGGGAACCCUCCUUAACUCCUGCUGGGUUCUCACUGCUGCUCACUGCAUUGAAGAAUUCUAUGAGAUGCAGGUGGUUCUGGGUGGUGUGGACCUAAAGAAGAGUGAGGCAGCAGAUCAGACUAUUGAGGUUGAAGAUUAUAUCGUGCAUGAGAACUACAAUGCAACUUCCACGGGCUUAUAUAAUGACAUAGCCCUGCUCAAACUGAAGAAUGUGACAGAAGAUGGUCUUUGUGCCAGAGAGACCAGGUAUGUUAAAUCUGCCUGUCUGCCCCCUGGCCCUUUUCCUGAUGGGAUGGAAUGUUCUAUAUCAGGCUUUGGAGUCACUGAGAAAGAUACACAUUCCACUCAGUUGCUGGACACAAAAAUUCUUUUGAUCAACCAGAGCCGCUGCAUGGAUCCUGAUGUUCUUGGUGAUGUGCUGGAUGACAGCAUGGUCUGUGCUGGACGAAUGCAAGGAGGGGUUGACACUUGCCAGGGAGACUCUGGGGGCCCUCUUGUGUGCAAGCAGAACAACACACAUUAUAUCUAUGGAGUGGUGAGCUGGGGUGAUGGCUGUGGCAAGAAAAAUAAACCUGGUGUUUAUGCUCGUGUCACCCACUUCAUUGACUGGAUCAAUGAAAAGAUGCGCUCCACAUAGAGUAGCACUACAUAUCACACGUAUGCAAUAUUGACUGUGUUUUAAUAAAAGGACAUCAGAGAGUUGAUAGCAGAGCAUAGUUUUCAAAAACCUUUAUGUUUGGAUCCCAUUGUCAUAAGUCAUACAUCAAGCAUGUACUCUUAAUUAAGCUUAUCUCUGUAGCUAUUGGCAUACUGAAAAAGCUGAACCUGCCAGGCAAAAAGUAUACUGUAUCAAACAUCUCUUAAUAUAUAACUCUUCUGCCAUUGGCAGUCUAAAAUAAUAAUUGUCCACCUGUGACACACAAAGCGGUUAUACAUUUGACUUCCAACACUACUGUUAAAUAAAUUUUUCCAGCUAUUUCAAGCUGUUUGCUUCAAUUGUUCAUUAAUAAAAAGAAAGGUGCUUGCCUUUCCAUUACAGUAAUUCUGCAUUCUUCACAUGCACAAGACACUCUCCAAAAGACUUAAUUCCACCUGUGCUUACAGUUCAUAACCUCCUUAUACGCCUAUUAAUACCUCAACAAACAGGAUUUAUAUACUUUCAUUACAUUUACUCUACACCACCUUCGUAAUUCUUCCAUCACUGUCACAUUCAGAUGAAAUUCACUGUGUUUCUAUGAAUAUUCUUCACUCCAUUUUAGAAUAUUCCUGACUUUACUCUGUCGAAUUACUGAUAGAAAAGCAACCGCUACAUGGCCUCACUGUAAACUGCUUUCUUUACACUACUGUACAUUAUGAAAUCAUCACUAAUUUGUAAUAAAUUUUUUCUCAGAGGA